AUGGCCAUACCAGCAGGAGCAAUAGCAGGUAUUGUUAUUGGUGUUUUGCUUAUUAUUUUAUUAUUUGUUCUUUACCAUUCUAUAUUUAUUGUUCAACAAUCAGAAGGUAUAGUUAUAGAAAGACUUGGUAGGUUCCACAAAGUAUUGGAUUCUGGUAUUAAUUUUGUUAUUCCAAUUAUUGAUUCACCAAGAAACUUUACAUGGCGUAAAACAUUAAUUACCCAUGAUGGUACCAUCACUGAUGUUGUCAAAACAUCAACCAGAAUCGAUUUAAGAGAAUCAGUAUUCAAUUUUUUAAAACAAGAAGUUUAUACAAAAGAUACAGUUUUAUUAGAUGUACAUGCACUAAUGUAUUUUAGAAUUUUUGAUAUAAAGAAAGCAAUUUAUGAAGUUGAUGAUUUACAAGGUGCACUUUCAAAUACAGCACAAACUCAAUUAAAAGAAGUUUUUGGUAAUAUGACUUUCUCUGAAGCAUUAGAAUCACAAACUCAAAUUAAUGACCAUUUAGUACAAGAGUUUUCAAAAUUAUUUAGUAAUUGGGGACUUCACAUCUCAAGAAUGGAGUUAUUAGAUUUAUCACCAAAAUCUGCAAUUAGUGAAGCAAUGAAAAAACAAAUGGUUGCUGAAAGAAAAAGAAGAGGUGAUUUUAUCAAAAGUGAAGGUGAAAAAGCAGCAAUGAGUUUACUUGCAGAUGGUAAAAGAAUGGAAUAUAUUAAUUUAGGUAUAGCAGAACAAGAGUCAACUAGAAAGAAAUCAGAAGGUAAUGCAGAAGCUACCGUAGAAAUGGCACAAGCCGAAUCAGCAUCAUUAGAAUAUAUGUCAAAUGCUCUUUGUGAAGAUACUGAUUCCGAAAAUCCUCAAACAAACUAUAUGAUUUCAUUAAGUUAUUUGGAUAUGAUCAAUAAUAGAAGAUCUGUCAAAGUUUUACAUGUUCCAUAUAAAAUCGAUGGUAUUCAAUCAAUUCUUAGUGAUUUCACUUCGCCAUAUCAAAAUACUUUAGAAAAUAAUAAAACUAAGGUUAAUAAAAACAAUAACAACAACAAUAAUAAUAACACUUUUAAACCACAAAUUACAAAAAGACCUGAAAAGAAAGAUUUUUCAGAACUAGAUUAA